GCUCAGAUUCCUGAAGGAGCAGAUGGUUGCUCUUCAGUAUACCAUGAAGAAAGGGAGCAGCAUCCCCAGUCCUUUAAUGGUGAAAGUCUCUUUUCUGCUAGUUAACCUAAGUAUCCUUGGCUGGUUUUGAAAAUCCUUUUCCUCAUCUCUUUCCAUCUAAACCGAUGACCAAGGAUUCCACCAUAGCUCCAGCUUUCACUUUCCAAUUUCAGAAGAUGGGCUCAUUCCGAAAGCCCCGGCCACGUUUCAUGAGCUCACCAGCGCUCAGUGAUUUGCCACGAUUCCUGGCAGCUCGGCAAUCUCUGCAGUUCAGCUCUAACUCUGCCUGGAACAGUGUUCAAACAGCAGUGAUCAAUGUGUUCAAAGGGGGAGGCUUGCAAAACAAUGAACUCUACAUCCUCAAUGAAAAUGUCAGGCAGUUGUUGAAGAGUGAGCUUGGAUCCUUCAUCACAGACUAUUUUCAGAACCAGCUUCUUGCAAAAGGCUUGCUGUACGUAGAAGAGAAAGUUAAGUUUUGUGAAGGAGAAGAUCGGAUCCACGUAUUAUCUGAAACCUGGGAUCACUUCUUCACAGAGACUCUUCCCACGCUACAGGCUAUAUUUUACCCUGUUCAGGGCCAAGACUUAACCAUUCGUCAGAUUUCCUUGCUUGGCUUCCGAGACUUGGUCUUAUUAAGAGUAAAGUUGGAUGAGAUUCUUCCUCAGGUCCAAAGUAACCUUCCACCCUCCAUUAUCCAGAUGCUGCUGAUUUUACAGGGAGUCCAUGAACCUACAGGUCCCAGUAAGGCCUUCAUGCAAUUAGAGGAACUUGUGAAACUGGUAGUUUCCCCAUACCUUGGUUUGUGUGAAGAACAUUGCUUUCCUGGCAGUACCUGUGCCCUGGAGAGACGGUAUUACAAAUCUCGUUACAAACCCAAUGGGCUGAGCAUCUCUUCUCACACAGUGGCAACCCGACAGGUCAGUGAGACCGCCUUGACACCCUUGACUGAACAGGAAGGUGAGGCUUACCUUGAGAAAUGUGGGAGCAUCCGUCGGCAUACUGUUGCCAAUGCUCAUUCUGAUAUCCAGCUGUUGGCCAUGGCUUCCAUUAUGCACUCAGGCAUGCUGGCGGAAGAACCAGACAAUGGUGACCAGUGUCUACUCUUGCAACCCAGUUUGAACCACAGGCAGUUUUCUAGUGAGCCCAGCAUAGCAGAUGGACCAGAAGGACUGGACACCCCAGGCAUGGAGGAUCCUGCAGAACUGAACUGCACGUCUGUCUGUUGAAACAGAGGA